UCUCGUCAAGGCGAGAACCGCCUCUGCACGUGUCACGUCAAUUUGAUUGGCUGAUGAAUGCAACACGAAUAACGUCACGCAUUCUGGGUCCGCGCACGACGAAGCGAGACCAUGACGAGCUUUGCGUGCAAAAUCCUCCUCUUUACCACCGUAACGGGCUUUUCCUGGUGUUCUCACAGCGACGCGAGUCCAGAGGAAAACCCGAACAUCCCGGCCAUCGCCACGUAUUUCGGCACGAAAGGAAGGUACGAGGAAGUGAACCCUUACCUGAUCCGGGACAUACUCGCUGUAAACAGGUCCGGUUUGCAGCCGCCGUCCCCGCGAUGUCGCGAAAUCCAUCUGACGGCCAUCGUGAGACACGGGACGCGAUACCCGACGGCCAAGAACGUGAAGAAGAUGCAGAAAGUUCACCAGCUGGUCCGGAGCAACGCCCGCGGUGCAGAGAGCUGGCUGCGAGAGAUCAUGACCCAGUGGACGAUGUGGUACACUGAGGACAUGGACGGCCGACUGGCCCAGAAAGGCGUGGAGGAUCUGAAGCAUCUGGCCGUCAGGCUGUCAAAGCUCUUCCCGACGAUCAUCUCUGAGGAGAAACUUCGAGGUGGACUCUUUAAGUUCAUCACCAGCUCCAAGCACCGGUGUGUGAACAGCACGCUGUCCUUCAAAGCAGGGCUGACGGAGUUGUGGGCCAUCACAGACGUGGAGUUCCAGCAUGCAGAGAACGAUGCUCUCAUGCGGUUCUUUGACAAGUGCACCAAGUUUGUGCAGGAGGUUGACAACAAUCCGUCAGCUCUGACAGAGAUGGACAAGUUCACACAGGGACCAGAGAUGGUGAGGGUCCAGGAGAAGCUCGCUGCCCGCCUGGAUGUCCCAUAUCACCUCAUCACAUACGAUAUGGUGGAGGCUGCCUUCUACCUGUGUGCUUAUGAGUUUGCCAUCAAGACAGCAAACUCCCCGUGGUGCCGCCUCUUCGACGAGGUCGAUGGACAGGUUAUGGAGUAUGCACUCGAUCUGAAGCAGUUCUGGAAAAGAGGCUAUGGAUACGACAUCAACAGCAAAUCGAGCUGCAUUCUGUUCCACGACGUUUUCAGUCGUCUGGACCAAGCAGUUCAUCAGCACAAUUCUGGUCAGGCGGUGACUGAAGCCGUGACGGUGCAGGUCGGACACGCAGAGACCCUCCUGCCCCUCCUCACCCUCCUGGGCUUCUUCAAGGACAGCGAAACUCUGACGUCCACCAACUACGCCUCACAGAGAGCGCGCUCCUUCCGCACCAGCCGUAUGUUACCGUAUGCUGCUAAUCUGGUCCUGGUUCUGUUCGACUGCGGAGGACAGGACAUCAGACUGCAGCCGCUGGUCAACGAGCAGCCGGUCGUCUUCCCAGGUCUGGCUGACCGGCAGGAGUCCAUGCCGCUCUACGAGGAUGUCAAAAGACAGUAUGCAGAGCUGCUUAAUGGGUGUGACUAUGAGACUGUGUGUGAGCUUUUCAAAUCAGCUCAGCCUUAAGGAACAAAGGUUUUAUUGGCUUUAAUGUUUUUCUUUGACUAAUGGAGUCAAAUCAGUGUUUCAGAUGACAACAUAUUGUUUUUAUUGCUUUUAAAAUUAAAGCCAUUAAUACUUCACCAUUAGCUGAUAAUUGCACUCUGAACAAAGAUGUGCUGUGCUUGUUGGAUAAUGACUUAAUUGUUGUCUUUGUGCCACAAAGUGUUCCCUGCCUCGGAGAUUCAAUUUAGAUCCUUUUGCUCUGCAGUAUUACAGCUGAUCACCUCACUGAAACAUUUCCAAAGUUGGCUUUACUGUGUCUUGGAUGCUGCUUCUUUUUAGGAUUCAUGUGAUUUGUGAUUAACUAACAAUAAUUUAUGUCAUUAAAAUAUGUUUUUCGAUGA